AUGCUUCAUAUCGCCCAGACUCGACACUACGAGGAUCCGACUAAUGAUGAGGGCGAGCUUUUCAAGCUGUUUUCCAAGGACACAUCCACAUGCUCCGCUCGAGAGAGGUUAUUGCAAGAUGCCGGAAACCUCCUCUCAAAGUCUGAAGGAUAUCAGCUCAAGAACAUGAUUCUCGAUAUAUGGUCACUCCUCGAAUACCUCCUGGACCAAAGCGUGAGAAUCGAGACCUCUCCCGGAGCCAUUCCCAAGGCUACCCUUCGCGACACGCUGUGCGGUUUCGAAUUCAAAGCGGUAGUAGAAGAACGCUCACCAUUCCGCCUCAAAAGCCGGCACAUUGACAAGACCAGCGGCGGAUGGACUAAUCUUGUCAAGGACAUCGAUGCCCUCGUCCUCUUCGCCAACGGGUUCGAGGACCUCAUCCUGCCGUCAACGACAACAGCAGCACAUCAUUUAUGUCAUCGCUACCGCACCGUCCCCAAGGGCAAAGACUUCCUCGCCACCACCAUCAAGUCCCUGACCGACCUCUACACUGUGGCAGGCAGCCCACUCGACCGCACCUACCUAACCUCGUCAUCCAAGCUGCAGUGGCACGUGGGAAGCGGCUGCAGCACCCCCGGAAACCUGUUCGGACCUUGCUCCACCCCCGCUUCUUUCCGCUGCAAGUGCGAGCGCCUGAGCCAGAUAGUGCCGAGCACGGCCAUCGGUACCGUAGUCGGGCCAGCUGACUUGGACGCACAUGCCGCUGCGGGCGCUGCUAUCUUCGGCCAGAGCGGAAAUCUGCUGAAAAGCCUGGUAAUCGCACAGCACCAGCACCAGCGAGAGCCUGGCGUUCUUUACAGUCAGCCGAACGGGCAUAUUGAAGUCGGUGUCACCGUCAAUGCCGCUGCCGGUGCGAUGGAUCAGCAGCAACAAGUAAUUGUGCAAGAUGAAGAAGGCGAAGAGGAGGAGGAGGAGGAGGAGGAGGGAAAAGAAGAUAUCAAAGACAAUGAUUCUUCUGAUCCUGAAAGUUUUUGGAAUGGCACGCCCUCGUUGAACUCAAGCUACACGACACAGACGUCUGCUUACGGAACGGGCGAUGGGGGGAACGAGGGGAGAGCUGAACCACAGGCUCCGAAGCCGACCGGGGAAUGA